AUGAAAACUUUAUCUGUUGAUAAUAUCGUGAUACAAUUUUUAGGAAGGAAUUUGGUUAUACAAUGUAUCGCUGGAAGAAGUAUUUCAUCUUAUUAUCCAUUAAUAUCUUUAUUCUGUGUUUAUUACGCAUAUCCAAACAGCGAUUAUAUCAACAAGAUUUGUUUACGGUUAGCUCAGCAAACUUUUAUGGUUCGUACCGUCGAUGAUUCGAUAAGAUAUGAUCCAACGGGUGAAACUUUAUUGCUAGAAAAUACUUGUAAAUUUCCGAUAAUUGAACCAAAUGAACCGAAUUUAAAUGGUUACAUAGAGCAUUACAGAUCGAUCCAUUGUAACAGCGAAAUGCCAAAUAUGGCUUCUAUGGACGAUGGCUAUUUGAUUUUACAUGGUGAGCUGGAACCUUGGAAACAAGCUCGAGUUCCCACCUAUAAGUGCUAUUAUCAAGGUCUCAGUGGUGGUUUAUAUCCAAAUAUCAGUUGGUAUCAAUUGGUUGGCGAUCUCGUCGAGAUACCACGGAGUAAGCGAUUUCGUGUUCCAUACGAUCAAUUCGUAGUACGCUGCUAUAACAAAACUUUGCGUGGAAGAAUCAGUAAUGAACCAUUUUAUAACAACAGUAUAUUUUAUGAACGAGCUUUUGUAACAUUUUCCAAAAUGGAUGAUGAUAUGGAGAAGCCAUCGCUUAGUAUUCUUGUACUCGAUUCUGUAUCGCGGAAUCAAUUUUUACGACAUAUGCAUAAAACUGUUGAAUACAUGAAACAGCUUGGUUUCAUCAUUUUAGAAGGCUAUACAAAAAUUGGCGAUAAUUCUGCAGUGAAUUUAUUACCGAUACUUGCUGGUAAAUCAAUAUUACCGCAAAUUGGCGGCGAUGGUGAUGAAAUUUUACCACUAAAUAAAAUAGUCCCCUUAGAAGAUAUUGAUUUUUUAUGGAAUAUGAUGAAAGACAGGAGGUGUGUAACGAUGGUUAACGAUGAUAUUGGUAGUGUAUUACGUGGUCUAUUUCACUAUCCAAAAGAAACAUUCCAAGGAUAUAAAAUUCCACCAACCCAUUUUUAUUUUCGACCAUUUCACUUAUUUAAUACUCGUCAUAAUGUUAUUCCGACCAGUGGUCAGUGUUUACGAACCGGCGAGAUUUGUGCCGAAGUAUAUUUGGAUAUAUGGGAAACAUUUGCAACCAAAUUUAAAGAUUUAUGUCAUUUUUCAUUUAAUUUUAUAACUGAUCUAACACAUAAUAAUCCAAAUUUUAUUGAAGCUAUCGAUGAACGAUUGUUAACAUCUUUGCAACGUUUACACAGUAACGGAGUGUUCAAUUCUACAGCACUGGUCAUAAUGGGAGAUCACGGGAAUCGAAUUAAUUCAAUUCAACGAACAUACAUUGGUCGCAUUGAAGAACGAGCACCAUUAUUUAGUAUUCGAUUACCUGAUGCUUUCACUUACAAAUAUCAACGGGAAAUAAGAAAUUUGAAGAAAAAUACGAAAAGAUUAACAAGUAAUUUUGACAUACAUCAAACACUGAAGGAUAUUUCGAGGGCAGAAUUUCGACGAAAUCGAUCAUAUUAUGAUCGAAAAGGUAGAGGUGUUAGUUUAAUGGAUGAGGUGAUAAGUGAAAAACGAAAUUGUGAAGAUGCUGGAAUACCGCCGAAUUUUUGUCUAUGCAUGGAACAAAGAAAUUUACAAUUAGCAAAAGAUACUAUUGCAAAUUAUAAUUGCUUUGAUGUUGAACAUUUGCAAAUACUUUCGAAAAAAGUUGAUGCUUAUGCUAUCAAUCAAAUGGUUCGACAUGGAUUACGCAAUCAAACUGAGAUAUCUGUAUUAUUCCGUAUAAAACAUUAUGUAAAAGCGGGUGAAUAUUUCCUGGUUGAUGAACCAUAUGUUUAUCACGAUGAAUUCGGUUGUGAUAGUAAAAAAUUGCGUACAUUUUGUUUACGUUGUAAUUAA